AUGCACGAAGGUGGAGGAGCACACAGGUAUUUGCCUGUGAUCAAUCGUCUCCAACCAUGGAUGAUACCGAUUGCGGCACCGGAACUGCUGUCGUCUCCUAUACAUCCGAGAAAGAUCUCCACUGGAGAUCAGCUAUUCGAGGAACGGCCGCCAAGACCUGGAGAAAUGAUUAAAGAGGCGGUACAGAUGGCCGUUUGGCCGGCAUUGCCUAGAUUGGCAGCGGAAGAAGCUCGACGAGAACAGAAGACCGAUUCAGGACCGUUCGCAGUUCGGAAAUCCACGCUUGCCUCGAACGUGCCUGUAAAAGAGAAGGGGCCAUCCUCACUUUUCAUCUUUUCCGAGGACAACUUCAUCCGACGAAAUGCGAAAGCGAUAAUAGAAUGGGGCCCAUUCGAGUACUUCAUUCUUCUUACAAUUAUAGGAAACUGUGUCGUUCUGGCUAUGGAACAACAUCUUCCAAAAAACGACAAAAAACCGCUUUCCGAGCUACUGGAACGCACCGAGCCAUACUUCAUGGGUAUCUUCUGCUUAGAAUGUGUGCUGAAAAUCAUUGCUUUUGGUUUCAUUGCUCACAAAGGAUCGUACUUACGAUCCGGGUGGAACAUCAUGGAUUUUAUAGUAGUAGUAUCUGGAGUAGUAACUAUGCUUCCUGUAUCACCAGCUGCUGCAGGAGGUGGUCCAGCUCAGGUGGAAACGGUAGACUUGAGAACACUACGAGCCGUACGAGUGUUACGACCGCUGAAAUUAGUGAGCGGCAUUCCCAGUUUGCAAGUGGUUCUCAAGUCAAUUUUGUGUGCGAUGGCUCCACUUCUUCAAAUCGGGCUGCUUGUGCUGUUCGCCAUUGUGAUUUUCGCUAUCAUUGGGCUUGAGUUCUACUCAGGAGCCUUUCAUUCAGCCUGCUACAAUGAAAGAGGCGAAAUUGAGAACGUCAGCGAGAAGCCAUCACCUUGCACAAAUAAGACCACCACCAUGGGUGUCUACAAUUGUGAUGUUGAAGGGACCACAUGUCUUAAUAAAUGGAUAGGGCCAAACUAUGGUAUUACCUCGUUCGACAAUAUAGCGUUUGCCAUGAUCACUGUGUUCCAAUGUAUUACCAUGGAAGGAUGGACGACGGUCAUGUAUUAUACCAAUGACUCGUUGGGAAGCACCUACAAUUGGGCAUACUUCAUACCGCUCAUCGUGCUCGGCUCCUUUUUCAUGCUGAAUCUCGUUCUUGGAGUCCUAUCCGGAGAAUUUGCGAAGGAAAGAGAACGAGUAGAAAAUCGACGCGAGUUUCUAAAACUUCGUCGACAACAGCAAAUCGAGCGAGAACUCAAUGGAUAUCUCGAGUGGAUUAUGGCAGCCGAAGAAGUGAUACUCAAAGAGGACCGUACAACGGAAGAGGAGAAGCAAGCUAUCCUUGACGGUCGACGCCGAGCAGAAACGAAGAAGAAGAUGAAAGACGCGUCAAAGCAGCAGUCGACGGAAACCGAAGAGGAUAUGGAGGAAGAAGAGGAGGAACUGGACGAGGAGUAUCUCGACGAGGGAGGCGAGCCAGGAGAAGAUUUCGAGCGACGACGUCGUGGUUGCUACUAUGCCAUUUGUAAAAGAAUACGAAAAGCAAGGAUCCAAAUGCGGGUAAUAGUGAAAACGCAAAUAUUCUAUUGGUCUGUAAUUACGUUGGUCUUUCUCAACACGGCGUGUGUCGCGUCCGAACAUUACGGGCAGCCGCCAUGGCUCACUAAAUUUUUACAAUAUGCAGAGUACGUUUUCCUAGGAAUUUUUAUCAUGGAAGUAUUGCUCAAAUUAUUUGCAAUGGGUUCACGCACUUAUUUUGCGUCGAAGUUCAAUCGCUUCGACUGUAUUGUCAUUGUCGGUUCUGCCUUUGAAGUUAUUUGGGCCGAGGUAAAAGGAGGCUCGUUCGGUAUUUCGGUGUUACGUGCAUUGCGGUUGCUCAGAAUAUUCAAAUUAACAUCGUAUUGGGUUUCGCUUCGCAAUCUGGUUCGCUCAUUGAUGAAUUCAAUGCGAAGUAUCAUCUCGUUGUUGUUUCUUUUGUUCCUUUUCAUUCUCAUCUUUGCAUUGCUUGGAAUGCAAUUGUUUGGAGGAAAGUUCAAUUUUCCCACCAUGCAUCCCUACACUCACUUUGAUACAUUUCCAGUUGCCUUGAUUACGGUAUUCCAGAUCUUGACGGGUGAGGACUGGAAUGAAGUGAUGUAUCUUGCCAUAGAAGCACAAGGUGGUAUAUAUGGUGGAGGAAUGGUGUACUGUAUCUAUUUUAUAGUUCUCGUGCUCUUCGGAAACUACACUCUGCUGAACGUGUUCUUGGCCAUUGCCGUCGAUAACUUGGCGAAUGCUCAAGAGCUCACAGCAGCUGAAGAAGCUGAUGAAAAGGCGAACGAAAUGGAUGAUAGUGAGGAGGAGGAACCAGAUGGCGAUCACUGCGCCAUUGACAUGGACGGGAACGAUCAAGAUGAUGAUGAGGAAUGCGAAGAAGAAGAAUCACCUUUUGGAGGUCCACGACCGAUGGUACCCUACACAUCAAUGUUCUUCCUGUCUCCAUCGAAUCCCUUACGAGUAAUGGUUCACAGUAUAGUAUGUACAAAAUACUUUGAAAUGAUGGUUAUGGGUGUAAUUUGUUUGUCGUCGAUAUCUUUGGCAGCAGAGGAUCCAGUUGACGAAGAGAACCCGAGGAACAAGGUGCUACAGUACAUGGACUAUUGCUUUACGGGAGUAUUUGCUUGCGAAAUGCUAUUGAAGUUGAUCGAUCAAGGUAUCAUACUUCAUCCUGGUUCAUACUGUCGCGACUUUUGGAAUAUUCUCGACGGUGUUGUCGUGACAUGCGCACUGGUCGCGUUCGGGUUUGCAGGCACAGAAGGAUCAGCAGGAAAAAAUCUGAACACUAUAAAAUCACUAAGGGUGCUUCGAGUAUUGAGGCCAUUGAAGACCAUCAAGAGGAUUCCGAAGUUGAAGGCUGUAUUCGACUGUGUUGUUAAUUCACUCAAGAAUGUGUUCAACAUUCUGAUUGUAUACUUCCUCUUCCAAUUCAUCUUUGGAGUAAUCGCAGUGCAGCUCUUCAACGGGAAGUUUUUCUACUGCACCGAUAAAACCAAACGCUUCGCCUAUCAAUGUCAUGGACAGUUCUUCAUCUUUGACAAUCAGAAUGAACCUCCUCGAGUUGAACAAAGAGAAUGGAGGCUAAGGCCGUUCAACUAUGACAAUACCAUCAACGCUAUGCUCACAUUAUUCGUGGUAACAACAGGUGAAGGAUGGCCGGGCAUUCGUCAAAAUUCUAUGGAUACAACAUUUGAGGAUCAAGGGCCGAGUCCGUUCUAUCGAGUUGAGGUCGCACUUUUCUACGUGAUGUUUUUCAUUGUGUUCCCUUUCUUCUUCGUUAACAUCUUCGUAGCUUUGAUUAUCAUUACGUUUCAAGAACAGGGCGAAGCGGAAUUAUCUGAAGGAGAUCUCGACAAAAACCAGAAGCAAUGCAUUGAUUUCGCUCUGAAUGCUAGACCACGAUCCUUGUUCAUGCCUGAGGACAAGAACUCGAUAAAAUAUCGCAUCUGGAGACUUGUCACAUCGGCUCCAUUCGAGUAUUUCAUUAUGGCAAUGAUUUGUUGUAAUACUAUCAUUCUCAUGAUGAAAUUCCAUGGGAACUCGGAUUUCUAUGAAAAGGUCCUUCGGCUUUUCAACACCGCGCUCACGGCCGUCUUCACUGUGGAAAGUAUCCUAAAAAUCCUAGCUUUCGGAGUUCGCAAUUACUUUCGAGAUGGAUGGAAUAGAUUCGAUUUCGUGACGGUUGUUGGUUCCAUAACUGACGCGCUUGUCACGGAAUUCGGAGGACACUUCGUCUCACUUGGAUUUCUUCGCUUGUUCCGUGCCGCUCGGCUAAUCAGACUUCUACAGCAGGGAUACACCAUCAGAAUUCUGUUGUGGACGUUUGUUCAAAGUUUUAAGGCGCUUCCCUAUGUUUGUUUGUUAAUCGGUAUGUUGUUCUUCAUCUAUGCAAUUGUUGGUAUGCAGGUUUUCGGAAACAUCUGGCUGAACGCUGCCACGGAAAUUAAUCGCCACAAUAACUUCCAGUCGUUCUUUAAUUCUGUUAUUCUCCUUUUUCGUUGUGCAACUGGCGAAGGCUGGCAGGAUAUAAUGAUGGCGUGUGGUGCUCAGAAGGACUGUGCGCGAGCUGGUUCGGACGAGAUCAAUUACGAUAAGGGUCAAACAUGCGGUAGUAACGUCAGCUAUGCGUAUUUCACCUCAUUUGUGUUUCUCUCAUCUUUUCUAAUGUUGAAUCUGUUCGUUGCUGUCAUCAUGGAUAAUUUUGACUACCUAACAAGGGACUCUUCAAUCCUUGGUCCUCACCACCUGGAUGAAUUUAUUCGUGUAUGGGCUGACUACGAUCCGGCAGCAACUGGUCGAAUUCACUACACGGACAUGUAUGACAUGUUACGUAAUAUUACACCACCUGUCGGAUUCGGACGAAAAUGUCCUUAUCGGUUAGCGUACAAACACUUGGUUCGUAUGAAUAUGCCAGUCGCUGAGGAUGGGACCGUUCAUUUCACCACCACUCUGUUUGCCCUUAUUCGAGAAAGUCUCAGCAUCAAGAUGAGACCAGUCGAGGAAAUGGAUGAAGCCGAUGAAGAGCUGAGACAAACCCUCAAAAAGAUCUGGCCUCUCAAAGCGAAAAAGAACAUGAUCGAUUUGGUAGUGCCACCUAAUCAUGAGUUGUGCUUCCAAAAGUUGACGGUUGGGAAGAUUUAUGCUGGCCUAUUGAUCCUUGAGAAUUACAGAGCGAAGAAAAGCGGAACAGAGAUUGGUGGAGGUGGUUUGUUUGGUGGUGGUCUUCGUGGAUUGGUGGCUGCUGCGAAGGCAGCCGGUGGAGUGAACCACAUGGUAACGCCUCAAGUCGACGAAACAAGUCAGCUUAUUCCUAACCACACUCCACACGCGAACAAAACACCAGCACAGCGUCCAUAUACCUUGUAUACACCUCUUGAGGAAGCACCAAAAUCGAACAAGAGUAGUGAUGAAGGCGGAGAAACUCCGACGCGUUACUCUCCACCACAAGAUGUGUCUAAAGGUGUCACCACCGGACGUCGCAUAUCUGAUAUGUUCUCGCGAAUUCGUCGCGGAGCUGGUGCAGUCACUCACGAUCCUCCUCAGCAGUAUGCACCACGCUUCAACUACUAUCGUGAGAGAUCUUCACAAUAUGACGAGACUGAACAGCUUCUGCCAUCCCAACGCUCCCGGACACCUUCGCCUAGGUACUCGAGCGUUCAUGGAAGGAAUGUCAGUCCUCCAAGUCCAGCUGAACGGUAUCCAACACGUUAUAGAUCAAGAAAUGGGCCAGUUCAUGGACGCAACGGAUGCAAUGGCGGAGGGGUCCAUCGAACUAUUGACCCUCACACCUCAAACUCACCUCCAUCAUCUUCCGACUAUGCUAUGUCCGUAAGGGAUCCGGCGCUUCGACGACCACGUCCUGCUCAGCUUUACUACUCACGACCUCUUCGAACAAGUUACACCUCAUAUUCUCAGCAAUAUGCGCGGAGCCCGUACUCAGACGAUAGCGUAGCCGACAGUUACCGACGGCAUGGUUAUUCCAGAUAUCAUGAUUCUACACCACCAGAUAUCAGCGAAGAUGAAGAGACUAUCCCGAAUUCGGUGCGCCAGCGUCGACUGCCACUUAUUGGCUCAAUAUCAGCUCUUGCAGGAGGUGCUGAUAUGCGGUCUCGACCGUAUACUCAAUCCUCCUACACAGGUUUUCCUCCGAGUGUUUCCCAUUCCUCUAUGGGCCAGUUCGCUUCCCCGCAGUAUCGUCCGCCAUCAGUAGUUUCUCCGUUGCGAUCACAUCAUCAAGAUUACUACACGCCCAGGGAGAACUACUACGACAUACCGUCACCGAGCCCGGCAGGGAACGAUAUGUAUCAUGGAUACAAUCGCUCGUCACCAUCUCGCUAUCCUUCCGUCGUUUAUGCCCAUGACACUGGGCCUCGUACUCGAGUUAUUCAAGCACAAUCCGGUGCAAUCCCGCUCAGUGAUUCCGAAUCAGACGAUCAGGAACGAUGGGCUGUUGCUAUCGAUCAUCCACCUACAACGUAUCGGCCACCCAAGGCGCCUCUCGAGGAAGCAGCAGAUCAAACUGGGAUCGAUGCUAUCGGCAAAGCCGUUUCUCCUUGCUGUCCGGGCAAACACAAUCUUGCACCAACACUUCGAUCGCGUUCUGUUGCAGUAGCGGUUGAUUCCAGGAUUCGGACUCAAUGCGGGUCAUCUUGCAUCUUUAACCUGCUCCAGUAUUUCCCUGGACAAAUAAAAUUGUCAAGAAUAUUUAUUUGA